AUGCCUCUUUUUCAUUUCGGCAAUUGUUUAGCUUUGGCUUGUGGUCCUGUUUUAUUGACAUAUAAAUAUUCAGGAUUAGCUGAGUACAACGCAUUUUGGAAAUGUGUACAAUCAGCCUCCUUUUAUCUAUUUGUUCAAUUUGUUAAGAUGUUAACGAUAGCAACAUGUUUUCCUCCGGUUGAUGAAUCAUCGGCAUUCGUAGUGAAAACGGAAUUUUUGAAAAAUACAGUGGAUAUCUUAGAUUUGGUUGGUUUACAUUUUGUUAUGACGCGACUUCUGGGUAAAACCGAUUUGAAAUAUCUCGUUGCGGCACUUGGUUGGACAUCAGCUGAACUUGUUGUUACAAAGUUUCUACCAUUAUGGGUUGGAGCGCGUGGAAUUGAAUUCGAUUGGAAAUAUAUUCAAAUGAGUCUUGAUUCCAAUAUUGCUUUGAUUCAUCAUUUAUCCGUCGCAAUGCUCAUUUGGCUUCGUACUCGCAAUGAUUUCAAUAAGUCUUACAUUCCUUUGAUCAAUGUUCUUCUUCUCCUAUGUUGUUAUCAACCAUUAAUUUUAGAAGUGGUUAUGCAUGCUCUUGGUCUUGGCCCAUGGGUUUAUCUAUUAACAAAGUUUCUGUUUACAACAACCGUUGGUUUAACAACUCUUCAACUCUAUCUGACAUUACCAAACAAUAAUUAG